AUGGCUUCAAUUAACGGUACAGCUGCUGACGAUUCCGGAGUUGAAAACCGUGCCCCUGCACCCCACUGCAGCAGCCCUGCAGCACAAAGACGCUCACUUUCGUUGAAAAGGCGCAGAACAGACCCUCCAGCCUCUGCUGCUGCUAGAGAUUUUAUACCUGCACAGCGCAGGCCACUGAGACCCCUCAAUCAGUUUUCUAGCGGGUUUAACACUGCCUGGGCGAUUCACCAGGACUACCCGGCUGAAAAUUUCCAGAGGGUUACACCGUCAGGACAAGGAUUUCUCACUGCUCAACCGCCUGAGCUGACGGCCACGCAAGAAACAAGCGCCGCGGUAGCUGCGUUACUGGUUGUCCAGGGAUUAUCUGCGGGUGAAGCGGGGAGCGCACUAGGAUCGGGCGGUGUAGAAUCGGCUCCAACGGCUGUUGAGGAGUGCUUCAACGGCACAUUCGAGGAGGUCGGGGAGUCUGUGAACUCGUUUCCUAACGGUCGAGAGGAAGUCGGCGGAACAGCGGACGCCCAGCAGCGUGAGAGGGCAUCGAUCAGUGAGGAACACGGGCCAUCUCCUCCUCCUCCUCCUCCUCCGCACCGGCGGCUAUUUAACGUGGGAAUAUCUACAGAGGCUUUGUGGAGUCAGCAGGAGUCGCUCUCCCCACCACAGAACACCAGCCUACAGCAUCAGCACGAAGUAAGCAAAGAUCUAUUUUCUACGAGUACACCUGUGAAGGCUGGCGUUGCUGAUACUGGUGCUGCUUCUGCUCCCGCAGCGGGGAGAGGUGUGUGUGUGGGGAAUCUCCCCACAAUCCCCACAUUAUUAAGAGGUGCUGACUAUAUUCCAGAUUUUGAUGAUCUGUUAGACAGUACUGGUGAUUACAGACACAGUAACUUACCCGACUUACUGACAUUAUCACCUGUACCCGCUUCAUAUCCUCCCCCUCCCAGUGUUUUUGCUGACGUUGUUGUUGAAAACGGUGAGGAGGAAAGCAUAGCAUUUAUUGAUGCACAUCCAGGCCAGGCCUCCAGCCCGCCUCAGCCUAUCCCUUUUCCCCUGCCUCCUCCAGUAGGUGUUGUUGUUGAUGUUGAUGAGAGUGUAGUGUUUGUUGAUGCGUAUCCAAGCCAUCCCUCCAGCCCUCCCCGGCCUAUCCCUCACCCCCUGUCUCAUCCAGUAGGUGUAGGUGUAGUUGUUGAUGCUGAUGUUGAGAGUGUAUUGAGCCAUACGUCCCCGCCCUCCACCCAGCAGCCGCCUACCCCUCCUCAGCCUAUUACCGACCCUGUCUCACCCUCUGAUUCUCCCACCCCAGUGGCUGUUAUAGCAAGAGAGAACGCAUUGCUCAAAACCAGGUGCAGGCAUCAGGCUAGGCUAAUCAGGCGCGAACAGCGUCAGAAAAGAUUUGCCGAGACGCGAUACCUCCUCCUGGCAAGCGAGCAACGAAACCUGAUUAGAGCACUAAAACUAACGAGCGACGCUACAGAGCCCUUAAUACACAGGUGUGCUGAGGAGUUAAACCAGACCAGUGUCUGUGCGCAUACUGACGCCGAGCGACAGCUGUCAGGUGUGUGGGUCUCGUUUGAACUUCAGAAAGCUGUCGAGAAGGGGUACCUGAUUGUCUGCAUUGAUGAAGUGUGGCAUUUCCCAAACAAGACAGACACCUUGUUCAAGGAAUAUGUCAAGACGUUUUUGAAGUGUAAGCAGGAGGCGUCAGGCUACCCGGGCAUGUCAUUACUCCUGCAGAGAAAGCCCAGUACAUACGUGACUACCAUGAAAAGGAGGAUUUUACUCGAUGCUGACAAAAUCUGUGUCAACAAGGCGGUCAGGAAUUGUAACAAGCUUCUCCUGAACUCAUUGUGGGGCAGAUUCAGCAUGCGGAGUAACAUGCCCUCCUGCGAGUUAAUUACAGAACCGGAGAGAUUCACGCAGCUCAUGUUCAGCGACCAUUAUGACGUGCGUCAGUUUGGGUUUAUAUCCGAUGACGUGGCCAUUGUCCAGUGGUGUCACGCAGAUGGUAAGGCGUCCAGAGUGAAUGAUGUGAAUGUGUUCAUAGGGGCUAUGACCACCGCCUAUGCUAGGCUGAUGCUGUAUGACUUGUUGGACAGGCUGCAGGAGCGUGUGCUGUACUGUGACACGGACAGCGUCAUUUUCACGUCCGGCCCAGGUGAUUGGGUUCCCCCUCUAGGCUCAUACUUGGGUGACUUAACCGAUGAGAUCAAUGACGGUGAUGUGUGCGGGCUCCCAGAGGAAGAUUAUAUCACAGAGUUUGUGUCUGGGGGUCCAAAGUGUUACGCCUACUGCACAAAACUUGGUAAAACGCAGGUCAAGUGCAAGGGUGUCACACUUAACGCCAAAAAUGCAGCAGUGCUCACCCACGAGUCGCAAGGGGUUGGUCCAGUCCUUUGUGACCAAUCAGAACACUCAGAUGCAUGUGAUCACAGAGGCGGAAACCAUCAGGCGUGA